AUGAAAGUCUACACGGUGACUUUUGUAGCGAGUUCGCUCAGUGGCAUCGCUUUAGUCAUUUGCCUUUUGGCCAUUGGCCAAAUCUACAGCAAUGUGCAAGACUUCUGGACUGAACUUGACAUGGAGAUGAGCGCUAUCCGAACUCAAACCGACGAACUCUGGAAAGACCUGGUUCACAUUGGCAUCACUCGUCGUAAGCGUGAGGUCUACGCAACUGCACCAUCAGCCUACAACACAGGACCCACAGGAUUCUCAGGACCUGCAGGACCCGCAGGACAGUUUGGAUCCACUGGACCCACAGGAUCAACCGGAUCCUCUGGACCCAAUUGCGGCCCAGGCUGUGUUGGGCCACAAUGCGGCGCGUGCGCUCCAGCAUCAUCAUUCGGUCUAGCUCCGUCAGGUCCGGCUCCCAUUAGUGCUGGCUGUCAAUGCAAAAGUCCGGAACACAACAAGUGUCGCCAUGGCCCUGUUGGACCAAAAGGAGCUCCCGGAGUUCCCGGUCCUAAUGGUCUCCCUGGAAUCGACGGCAAGCCAGGAUUCGACUCCGCCGAUGUUACACCUGAAUCUCAGGAUACUGGUAUCUGCUUCUAUUGCUCACCUGGACCUCCUGGAGCACCAGGACCUAUUGGUCGACCUGGAGCACGUGGAAUGAAGGGUGCUGAUGGAGUCCCUGGACAGCAAGGCAAGGAUGGUAAUCCUGGCUGGCCCGGAGAGAUGGGAGCACAUGGAGCACAGGGACGACCAGGCCCAGAUGGACGACCAGGUGAGAAAGGAGCCGAUGGUCGCAAACCAAUUGGUCGUCCUGGACCAAAAGGUCAACGUGGUCCCGCAGGAGAUAUCGGACCACAAGGUGCACCUGGUGAGACUGCUCCCCCUGGAGAACCAGGACCAGUUGGACCACCUGGUGGAGCAGGUGUCGCAGGACCACCAGGUCUUGAAGGUCCACCUGGCUUCGAAGGUAAUCCAGGACGACCUGGAAGAGAUGCCGAGUAUUGCCACUGCCCAGCCAGAGGAUUCCGCGGUGGCCAGGCUUCCAAGAAAGUCUAA